CGCGAAGAAAUUAAUGAUUUAUAAUACUUUUCAUACCUUAUCUUAAAAAGUUUGUACAUUGAUAAAGUUAUUUGCAUAUGACAAUGAAUGCAAAAUGAUUUAAAACGUAACAUUAAAAAUAACUCGAUAAUAAAUUACGUGGCAAUAAAGUAAUUCGAAUAAUUAUGCAUUAUCCUAAUGCAUUAUUCAUGACCUAACUCAAUAGCUCUAAUGUAAUCCUGAUGUAACCAUAUUGUAUAUAAACAAAUUGAUGCUAAUGAACUUGCGCGAAUGUUAAGUCGGGUUAUAUUGGAUAUACAAAGUGUGGGCGGUAUGAUUGAAAGAUGCACUUUUGCAUAUCGAAUGCAACUGGUCAUCGAGAAGUGCUUCGAUCACGAAGGAUCGAUCCUCAGUCGACGCGUGGCAACCGUGUCUGCUUGGUGUGUGUUGUCGUUACGAUUUACCUAAACGAUUUUGACACGUAGAUAAUAACUGAUAAGGAAUCGUAGUCAGACAAAUGAGGUUAGUGUUAUGUAGAUAGUUAGUUAAGCGGGUGGCUAGUAGCGGGCUUUCACAUAAUGAUGAAAAGAAAUGUAGUAAGCCUGAUAAAGUUCUUCUUUCUGGCGGCUUUUACUGUUUUCCUGACCGUUGUUGUGUUCCGCUACAUACGGACGUCACCUAACCAUGAAUUUCCAACACCGGUAACCGCAUAUUUGGCAGUCAACACUGAUAGUGCAAGAAGCUCGUUUGAUUCGAGGCAGAAUAUCAAGGAACAUCUCCAUCAGGUACGGGUUAAAGACCUGCUCAUUAUCGGCAAGGAUACAGAUGGAAAAAUAGAUUGGCACGAUUACAAACAAAUUGAAGAAGAUGCAAAGAGAAGCGGAACAGGUGAACAUGGAAAGCCAGCAUUUCUUUCUCCAUCCCUUGAUUCGUUGAAGGAAAAACUGUAUCAGGUGAAUGGUUUUAACGCCGCGCUCAGUGAUGAAAUUUCAAUGAAUCGCUCUGUACCUGAUAUUAGACAUCCAGAUUGUAAAAAGAAGAAAUACUUAAAGAAUCUUGAUGCAGUCUCUGUGAUAGUCUCCUUUCAUAACGAACACUUUAGCACUUUAAUGCGUACUUGUUGGAGCGUUAUCAAUCGUUCACCAGCGUCGCUUUUAGAAGAAAUAAUAUUGGUCGACGAUGCAAGCACCAAGGUGGAGCUGAAGAAAGAGUUAGACGAUUAUGUUGCUCAACGCUUGCCAAAAGUGAAGAUCAUAAGGUUGCCACAACGAUCUGGAUUGAUUAAAGGUCGAUUAGCUGGAGCAAAAGUUGCUAAAGCUAAAGUACUUGUAUUUUUGGACUCUCACAGCGAGGCAAAUGUAAAUUGGUUACCACCUCUGUUAGAACCCAUAGCACAAAACUACAGAACUUGCGUGUGCCCUUUCAUUGACGUAAUAGCUUAUGAAACAUUCGAAUAUAGAGCUCAAGAUGAAGGAGCUAGAGGGGCUUUCGAUUGGGAAUUGUACUAUAAGAGAUUGCCAUUAUUACCCGAAGAUCUUAAACACCCAACAUUACCAUUCAAGAGUCCAGUUAUGGCAGGUGGUCUCUUUGCCAUAAGUGCUAAAUUUUUCUGGGAAUUGGGUGGAUACGAUCCAGAGUUAGAUAUAUGGGGUGGUGAGCAGUACGAAUUAUCCUUUAAAAUUUGGCAAUGUGGCGGUGAAAUGUAUGAUGCUCCUUGCUCAAGAGUGGGACACAUUUAUAGAAAAUUCCCUCCUUUCCCUAAUCCAGGCAAAGGAGACUUCUUAGGCAAAAAUUACAAGAGAGUCGCCGAGGUAUGGAUGGAUGAAUACGCGGAAUACAUCUAUAGACGGCGUCCACACUUAAGAUCACUGGAUCCAGGAAAUUUGACAAAACAGAAAAAUUUGAGAGCCAGGCUACAUUGCAAGCCAUUCAAGUGGUUCAUGGAAAACGUAGCAUUCGAUCUUGUCGACGUAUACCCUCCCAUAGAACCUGACGACUUUGCAUCCGGAGAGAUUCGUAACAUGGGUGUACCGGAGUUAUGUUUAGACGCGAAAAAAAGAAAAAAGGACGAAUUGGUGGUAGUCGAUAUUUGUAUGAAAGAUAACUCAAAAAUCAUAGGGGAACAAGAGUUCAAAUUAACUUGGCACAAAGAUAUCAGACCAAAAGAUCGCACAGAAUGUUUAGAUGUUUCUCGAGGAGACGCAAAAGCUCCUGUCAGUUUGUAUCCUUGUCACGGUGGCCAAGGAAAUCAGUUAUGGCGGUACAACGUUGAAAAACAGUGGUUGAUGCAUGGCUAUUCGUCGAGAUGUUUAGACACAGACCCAGCGAGUAAAAAAGUGUUCGUAACAAAUUGUGAUUCGACGUCUCCUACCCAAAAAUGGAGAAUCGAGAAAGUAAACAUGAAAGCUAUUAAUAAUUGGGACAACGUGGGACCGAAACGACACUGAUUCCUCGCUUUUUAUUGCCGCCAUUUUUUUAGCCCUAUUUAAGUAUCUAACUUCUAAUUAUCCAUAUGUACAUAAACGACAUAUGCCCUACUUUUAUCGACUAGUCAUACGAAAUCGUAAUUUUUGGGUUCACUUUUCUCCCCAUCAUGAUACAAGGGUCACGAAGUUAUGUUAUAUAAAAGCAGAUUGUACUUUUUAUCGAUCUUAUAGUAUCGAUGAAAUCGUUUUAAUAUCGUCUGUACGAAAUGUAAAUAUUGUAUGAACCCUCUGUUGUGCCUUACACGUAUAGCUGCAUUUAGAACCGCGUGUUAACUCCAUUAAUUACUUUACGAAAAAGUAACUUCGCUUUACUGCUCAAUUUUUAUUUAUUAUAGACCUUUUUAGUUCGAUUUUCAAUCGACAUUAUAUAUUUAAGAGCGUAUAAGAACUGAUCGAAUCACGAACUUUCUUUAUUGCCAAAUUUUUAACGAUUUAAUUAAGUCUAUCUCGAUGACUGAUGUAUAAUGUAUCCUCUUUUAAUCGUUCGAUUCAACGCGAUACGGAAAAUAAAAUGUUUCUCGUAGAUCGCCGAAUAUUCUUUUGUGCAAUUCAAAUAAACAAAAAAUUCCAUUGAAUGCACUGUUAAGUAGUAAUUUUAGAGGAAUAAACUGCGACAAAUUCUACGAUUUUUAUACGGUCCACUACGGUUUUUAAUACAGUUUAUAUUAUACGGCGAUUGAUUUUAGCACAGAAUCGAGUUGAAUCUAUAUUUUAUAGGAAAUUAUGUAUCUUUGUUCUAUUUUAUCGGGAUAAUCUCCGAAUGAUUCGACUGUGAUCGACGUCGAUUUUACUGGUUCCAAUGAAUGGUUGCGCUUGUUAUUGCAACUAUUUUUGUAAAACGUUUGCAUAAUUUAAUAAACAUUUUUAUAACACGAUGUGAUCGAAAAGCAUUGUUAAAAGACUACCUUAACAUUAUGAGAUUUGAAGAAAAAUAUAAAUUUCGUU